AUGGCACUUCUAGCAGUCGGAAUCCCCUUGACGGAAGUGAUUGAAGUUUUCUCUAUGAAUCAUAAAGUCAUUACAGAGGCUGCUUCCUGGAAUGAAUCAAUACAUGAAACAAAUCACUCCGUGGUGACGGAGUUUAUUUUUCUGGGACUCUCCAAUUCUCAAGACCUUCAGAUUUUCCUCUUUGUAUUCUUCUUCGUGUUCUAUGUAGGAAUCGUGUUGGGAAACCUUCUCAUUGUCAUCACUGUGGCUUCUGACUCCCACCUUCACUCUCCCAUGUACUUCCUGCUGGCCAACCUUUCCCUCAUCGAUCUAUGUCUGUCUUCAGUCACAGCCCCCAAGAUGAUCACUGACUUCUUCAGACAGCGCAAAGUCAUCUCUUUCGAGGGCUGUCUGGGUCAGAUCUUUCUCCUUCACUUCUUUGGUGGUGGUGAGCUGAUAAUCCUUAUAGCCAUGGCCUUUGACAGAUACAUAGCAAUCUGUAAACCCCUUCACUACACCACCAUUAUGUGUGGCAAUGUCUGCGUGGGCAUUGUGGCUGCUGCUUGGGGAAUCGGCUUCCUCCAUUCAGUGAGUCAGUUGGCCUUUGCAGUGAACUUACCUUUUUGUGGCCCCAAUGAGGUAGACAGCUUUUAUUGUGACCUUCCCAGAGUCAUAAAACUUGCCUGCACUGACACCUAUCAGUUGGAUAUCAUGGUCAUUGCUAACAGUGGUGUGCUCACUGUUGUUCUUUUGUUCUCCUGCUCCGUCACCCUAGUGACAAUUCAAUGUCGUCCUUCACACAGGGCAUCCAAGGCUCUUUCCACGUUGACUGCUCACAUCACGGUCGUUUUUUUGUUCUUUGGACCUUGUAUCUUCAUUUAUGCCUGGCCAUUCCCUAUCAAGUCAUUAGAUAAAUGCCUUGCCGUGUUUUACUCUGUAGUCACUCCUCUCUUGAACCCAAUAAUAUAUACACUUCGGAACAAAGAUAUGAAGGCUGCCAUGAGACGGUUGAGAAAAUGGAAUGUGAGCUGUAGGAUGAAGACUUAG